CUGUGUCCUAAAAUACAAGAAAUUGAUUGGAAUAUAGAACUGUUGUUACCACAUCAGCAUUGCAACAAGUUCUAUCAAUGUGUGCACGGCCAGCCGGUGGAGAUGUCAUGUCCAAAGCGGCUUCUUUUCAGCAUAAACAAACAGGUUUGCGACUGGAGGGCAGAUGUUGAUUGCGGAGAUAGAAUAAUUGUUGAAGAUUUGAAGCCAGAUGACGAGGAAAGCGAAGAAGUAGAAAGACCUGUCUUCCCUGUUAUAGAAUUUCUUCCAAAUGGUUGCCCGGUAAAUCGUGAAAUACAUUGGCUGCUGCCUCACGAGAAAAGUUGCAGUCUAUUUUAUUAUUGUGUGCAGGGUGAGAGAGAAGUCAGACGGUGUCCGUUUUGGUUGCAUUUUAACAGGAAGCUUCAGGUUUGUGACUGGCCAAGAAACUCUGGUUGUAUCGAGUUUGCAGAGUAA